AUGAUCAGAAAAGAUUGCAAAUCCCUGGAGACCUGGCUCAAGACGUCCGUUCGCGACGCCGACCGCAAAACGAGGUUGUACGCACUCUUACGACACGCCGCCUUCGAGUCGUGGUUGGCAGGGCUCGAACUAUUGAUAAAGUACGACGCGGACGUGAAUCCACCGGCCGGUGGUGGCCGCCGCGACGGCGCGCUCGAUGGCGCACGCCUCGGCCCGACGCCGCUCCAUUACGCCGCUGCCUCCAAGGCGACACAUCAGGUCGCUGUCGUCGAUUUACUCUUGGCAGCGGGCGCUGACGCCUCGUCGACGCCGGCGAUGGAAGGCUCCGCGGUCCUGCCGCCCCUCCACUUUGCCGUAUCCCUGGGCCGGCGUGAAGAGGAGGCGGUCAAGGACCGUCGUUAUCAGGUCGUCGUUCACCUGCUUAGGCACGGCGCCCGGGCGAACGCCGAAGACGCCAACCACGUCACAGCGGAAGCGCGCGCGCGGCAGUAUCGCCAGUUCCGCUGCGAAAAAUUGCUUCGAGCCGUCCGUCUCGCGGGCGGGUCGUGGGAGCAAUACAUCGGGCAACGCUAUGAGCUGGUCGCUCUGCGGGCGCUCUGCGCGGGCGAACGGCCCCGGGCGCGCUGGGCCGGCGGUCUGGGCAAAGAACUGUUCCUCCGAAGCCUCUUCGAUCCCGAUCUGCCAAAAGAAUUGUUCCGAAAGGUCUUGUCGUUCUGGGCUCCGGUCUGGGACUAA